AUGGAUUGCGCAAAGAUACCACAGGCAGACACGAUGUAUAUACCGAUGGACUCGGAGAGCCAAGAAUGUGAGCAAUUCUGGGUUUCUCACCAGCCUUUCCUCGCCUCAUGCGGAUAUAUGUUACGACCACGAUAUCAUCCUGAUUGGAUACCCUCAUGGAAAUCUAAUCCUCACCCCAUAAGCCUGUUGCAGUUUUAUGAAGAUGAGCAUGUAAUUCACGAGGGUCGUGCAUGGAGAUUAAUAGACGCCACUCGAAUCUCUGAUGGGUGCAAGGUCGUACUGAAAGUGGUUUCGCUACUCGCAAAUGAAUACGAGCUGAGACUCACACACUUUCUCUCUCAGCCGGCAGUCAGACGGGAUCCCCGCAAUCAUGCUAUUCCUGUUCUUGAUGUGGUCAACCUUCCGGACAGAGACAUCAGUAUCAACAAUGUCGUCAUGGAUCAGCGGCGCAUUAUGCCGAAGAGGUACCAUUUCGGUUUUGACGCUAGUCAAGAUGGCAUCGAGUGGAAUCCUCCAACGGAACUGCGAUGUCUGGCCGGACCGGUGGACUACUACUAUAUCGAUUUACAGUUCGCUGAAUACUUCCCCGAAGGAAGGGAUAAAGCCAUCAUUUCGGAAAUAGCGGACAUUUACCAACUCGGUGCUACCAUGCUCGAUGAAUUUGGGGCAACGUCUAGGCAUUCUGGACUGAGCGACUUUAAACCCUUACUGCGGAAUAUGGUUUCGGUCAAUCCUGAUGAAUGA